CCCGCACUAUGCCCGGCGCGGCGGGGCUGCGCUCUGCUCUCGCCAGCCCGCCCUGCGCGCUUGCAUUUGCCUGAGAACUUCAGUGCUCUGGAGCCGCGUCCUGCCGGGCUGCCGCUUCCAGCCCGGCCCGGCCCGGCCAGCAGCGGACGGAGCCGGGAGACGACGGGAGUGAAACUUUCCUUGCCAGAGCCGCCGCCACCAGGCGCCCGCCUCAGGGACAGGUCGAGGCGGAGGAUUACCCAAGCCAGCCCAGCCCAGCCCGCACCUGCCGUCCGGCGCCGGUGCCCGCAGCCCGGGGGUGUCGCCCGCUGGACGCGCGGCCGCUGUCUCCGGCCGUGACUGCGCCGCCUACUCCGGGCUGCUCCGUGAGGAGGAAGUGCCGCCGCCCCCCGCUCGCGGGCCGCCGCUUCUAGUGGGCGCAGCCCAGUCCCCGCGCUAGCGGGCUGGGAGACAUGAGGAGGCCGCCUGGUCCCGGCUAGCCGCUCCUGCCGCUUCCUUCCCCCCCGCUGGGCCCAGGCAUUGCCGCCUUCCAGGCGCAGGGGCAGCCCUGUCCCCGCCGGCCUCGAUGCCCAGGGACGCAGCCGCUUGCCCCCCACGGCCAUCCUCACCCGCGGCUUGGAGAAGCCCGUAGCCCCCUGGCCCAAGGAAGCGCGGCUGCUCCCCCCACGCUUCCCCCAGGCUCGGAAUCAACAGGCAGCUGGAGAUGGAUGUGCUCCUGCUGCUGCUGGCGGCCGCUGCGCUGUGGACCAGGGCCGGGGCCCUCAUCAACCUGAAGUACUCCGUGGAGGAGGAACAGCGAGCGGGCACUGUGAUCGCCAACGUGGCCAAGGACGCCCGUGAGGCCGGCUUUGUGCUGGAUCCACGGCAGCCCGCUGCCUUCCGCGUAGUGUCUAACUCUGCGCCGCACCUGGUGGACAUCAACCCCAAUUCGGGCUUGCUGGUGACCAAGCAGAAGAUCGACCGGGACCUGCUGUGCCGCCAGAGCCCCAAGUGCGUGAUCUCGCUGGAGGUAAUGUCCAGCUCCAUGGAGAUCUGUGUGAUCAAACUGGAGAUCAAGGACCUGAAUGACAAUGCACCCAGCUUCCCCACAGACCAAAUAGAGCUGGAGAUCUCAGAGACGGCCAGUCCAGGCACACGAGUGCCACUGGAGAGUGCUUACGACCCUGACUCGGGCAGCUUUGGCGUGCAGAGCUACCAGAUCACCCCCAAUGACCUCUUCAGCCUGGAGACCAAGAUACGUGGCGAUGGGUCCCGCUUCGCUGAGCUGGUGGUGGAGAAGAGCCUGGACCGUGAGACCCAGUCCCACUACAGCUACCUGAUCACAGCCUUGGAUGGUGGUGAUCCUCCCAACCUGGGGACCGUGGAGCUGAGCAUCCGGGUUAUUGACUCCAACGACAACAACCCGCUCUUCGAGGAGCCGGCCUACACUGUGAGUGUGCCUGAGAAUGCACCUCCGGGCACCCCCCUUCUUCACCUCAAUGCUUCUGACCCUGAUGAGGGUACUAAUGGGCAGGUCCUCUACUCCUUCCACAGCUACGUGUCUGAGCGUGCCCGUGACCUUUUUCAGAUCGACCCCCAGAGUGGCCUCAUCACAGUCAGUGGAGCCAUUGACUAUGAGGAGGGCCAUGUUUAUGAGCUGGAUGUGCAGGCCAAGGACCUUGGGCCCAACUCCAUCCCGGCCCACUGCAAGGUGACAGUCACUGUGCAGGAUGCCAAUGACAACCCGCCCCUCAUCAACCUGUUGUCAGUCAACAGUGAGCUGGUGGAGGUGAGUGAGAAUGCUCCUCCAGGCUAUGUCAUUGCCUUGGUGCGGGUCUCCGACCGUGAUUCAGGUGCCAAUGGCAGGGUGCAGUGCAAGCUGCUGGGCAAUGUGCCUUUCCGCCUGCAGGAGUAUGAGAGCUUCUCUACCAUCCUCGUGGAUGGCCGGCUGGACCGGGAACAGAGGGACCAGUAUAACCUCACUAUCCAGGCGAAGGACAAUGGUAUCCCUUCCCUUCAGGCCAUCAAGUCCUUCACUGUCAAGAUCACUGAUGAAAACGACAACCAUCCCCACUUCUCCAAGCCCUACUACCAAGUCAUUGUGCAGGAGAACAACACUCCUGGGGCUUACCUCCUCUCUGUGUCUGCCAGGGACCCUGACCUGGGCCUUAAUGGCAGCGUCUCCUAUCAGAUUGUGCCCUCUCAGGUCAGGGAUAUGCCCGUCUUCACCUAUGUUUCCAUCAACCCCAACUCUGGGGACAUCUAUGCUUUGCGGUCCUUCAAUCAUGAGCAGACCAAGGCAUUUGAAUUCAAAGUCUUGGCCAAAGAUGGGGGCAACCCAUCCCUGCAGAGCAAUGCCACCGUCAGAGUGAUUGUCCUGGAUGUCAAUGACAACACCCCCGUGAUCACUACCCCUCCCUUGGUCAAUGGGACUGCAGAAGUGUACAUCCCUAGGAAUGCGGGGGUUGGCUACCUAGUGACUGUAGUCAAGGCAGAUGACUAUGAUGAGGGUGAAAAUGGAAGACUAUCCUAUGAAAUGGUAGAAGGGGAUAGAGGAUUUUUUGAAAUAGAUCAAAUCAAUGGAGAGAUAAGGACCACCAGAGCAUUUGGGGAGAAUUCAAAGACCGCUUAUGAGCUCAUUGUAGUGGCCCAUGACCAUGGAAAAACUUCUCUCUCAGCAUCUGCCUUGAUUCUGAUAUACCUGUCUCCAUCUCUGGAUGCCCAGGAAUCCAUAGGAUCUGUUAACUUGUCACUGAUUUUCAUUAUUGCCCUGGGUUCUAUUGCAGCUAUUCUUUUUGUCACCAUGAUCUUUGUGGCAGUAAAGUGUAAAAGGGAUAACAAGGAAAUCAGGACCUACAACUGCAGAAUUGCCGAGUACUCAUAUGGGCAUCAAAAGAAAUCAAGCAAGAAGAAAAAAAUCAGCAAGAACGAUAUCCGGCUGGUACCACGGGAUGUAGAGGAGACUGACAAAAUGAAUGUUGUGAGCUGCUCCUCCCUUACUUCCUCUCUCAACUACUUUGACUAUCAUCAGCAGACCUUGCCUCUGGGCUGUCGCAGAUCUGAAAGUACCUUCCUCAAUGUGGAGAAUCAGAACACAAGGAACACAGGGUCCAACCACAUCUAUCAUCACACCUUCACUGGGCAAAGUCCCCAGCAGCCGGAUCUGAUCAUCAAUGGAAUGCCAUUGCCAGAGACUGAAAACUACUCUUUUGAUUCCAACUACGUUAACAGCAGAGCCCAUUUAAUAAAAAGCAGUUCAACAUUCAAGGACUUAGAGGGGAAUAGUCUCAAGGAUAGCGGGCAUGAGGAGAGUGACCAGACUGACAGUGAACAUGAUGUCCAACGGGGCCUAUAUUGUGACACCGCCGUCAAUGAUGUGCUGAAUACCAGCGUUACUUCUAUGGGGUCUCAGAUGCCUGAACAAGAUCAGAAUGAAGGAUUUCACUGUAGGGAAGAGUGCAGGAUCCUUGGUCACUCAGACAGAUGCUGGAUGCCCCGGAACUCUGUCCCCAGUCGUGCAAAAUCCCCUGAGCGUGGAAGGAACGUCAUUGCACUCUCUAUAGAAGCUACCACUGUGGAUACAGAACCUUAUGAAGACUGUAGUACAAAAAGAACUUUUGCAACAUUUGGCAAAGAAGGGAGCGAACCCCUCACUGAGGAGCGGGUUGUCAACCUGAAAGGCAAAAGAACAGUGGAUCUGCCUGUCUGCAGCCCAAAGGUAAAUGGUGCAGUCCGUGAGGCAGGGAAUGGCUGCGAAGCCAUGAGCCCCGUUACAUCACCCCUCCAUCUGAAGAGCCCCUUGUCUAGCAAACCUUCAGUGUCCUAUAACAUAAUGCACUGCCCAGUAAACCACGACCUGGAGCAAUUUGUAAACAAUGGCCCUUCUCGGCCUAUGGAGGCAGAGCCUAGGGGGGCAGACAGUGAAAAUGUAAUGCAUGAAAUUAACCCACUUCUGCAAGAAUGUAGAGAAAAGGACUCUCCAGGAGUGAAGAGACUAAAAGACAUAGUACUCUAAACAGCACCAUAUAGCAAGGAGAGAUGACACCACUACAAACGCAUACUGUUUUUAAUUUCUGACCAAUGGUUCACAACUUGCUGUAUUUAAAAGCUUUCCCUAAAUGUAUUGUUUAUAAAUGAAGCUAUUGUUAAUGUGACAAUCCCACUUGUUUCUACAGGCAGCAGGGGUGUUCAGUUUAAGCAAAUUAGCUCAUUUUUCUUUUUCAUGGCUGGGGUGGGGCAAAGAUAAGUUCAGUUCAGUUGUAAGAAGUGUUAUGUAUUAAGUAUUUUGAAUUUAUAUAUUUUUAUAUCUCAAAACUCUAAUAUAAAUUACCAUUCUUUGUAAAGGAUUGAAUUGAAAACUUCUCCAGUCAUCUUUACUAAUCACUCUGACAUGGGCAUUUCUUGUGUAUAACUGUUAAAAUAGCAAUUCAGUGACUUUUAAUAUUCAUCCAACAAAGUUGUUUGUACUUUUAAAAUGUUGCUACUUUGCUGUGGACACCCCUGCAUUAAGAAUCCUUUUGCUGUCACAUGCUUAUCUGUACUAUUCUCGUAUUUGAUAUUGCAAAUUAGUAUAUGUCUAGUGAUGGCAAAAGGCUUUUGAGUUAAAACAAAACUGAACAAAAUACCACAAACGUUAUACUUAAAACUUGGGGAAACUGCAAAUUUCAGAGCCAAUGUAGCAAGUGUUUGUCCCCCUUUCCCAUCACCCCUUGCAUCCUACACUGUCAUUCCCAGGGCUACAGAACAUCAUUGCAGAAAGUCAUUUUGGAGAUAGUCUGCCUGGUUUUCCAGUUGUCAGAUGCACUGUGCUGAACAUUUUAUGAUAUCUAUUUCUUUAUUGUAAUUUCAAGCCACCACAUGGAAAAGUUACUUCAGGAGUCCCUAAAUUGAGAUAUUCCCUGUCUCUAAUCAUCUCAAAGUCAAAGCAAUGGAAUUAUUUAACAGAUCUAAAUUAGCAUCUCUGUUAGACACACACGUCAUGAUUGAACAUUUUCCAGUCAUGAUUAUGCUAAAUGAGUAUGUGUGUAUGUAUGUAUGUAUCUCAUCAUGGGAUGGAUUUUAGAGUUGUUAUUUCUUUUUCCCUGCAUCAUAAAUCGGUAUAGAGUAAGCAAUAGCAGAUAUACUUUUAGGAACAGACAGGUGAAAUAUAACAACACUACUAAUCAAAUGAAUGUGCCUUCCACAUGGAGAGAAAAUUAAAGUGAUUCAUAAUUUUUUCUCAUCACUAAGUAUAUAUUUUGUGUGGUUAUGAAUUUGCAUAUAUACAAUUGAUUUUGAAAAGACCAAGUCCAUUCCAUCUACUUGACUUUAACUUGAUUUUAUAGAAUGGAAAGGCAUGAGGAUUUUCACAGAAUUGUAUAUUCUCUACUUCCUUGUAAUGGGUAAUUCUUCAAAUAGGUUUUGAGUGGGUGGGUUGGUAGGGGUUAGUGCAGUAUUCUUAACUCUUCAUAUGACAGAUUUUUCUACCCAAAAUAAUAUUCUGUAGAGAUUAAAAGUUAACUAUGAGGAGGGAAACAAUAAAGACACUGCCAAUAAACUGGAAAUAAUGGUUUCUAGAGAAACAAUCUUUUUAGGUGUCACAUGUUUUGAUAAUAUAUUCAUUACUUUGAUUUAUUUAAAUUAAAAACGUCAACAGGAAAACAGGCUCCAAUUUUUAUUGUCCUAAAAAACAAAUAAGCUCAAGUCAUAUCUUUUCUUUAGAGAAGAUGAAUCAAAUAAAUAUGGUUAAGUUUGAGCUUCCUAAAAUGGGUUCCCAGUUGUUACAUUACCAGUACAUUUUGAAAAUACCCUAUAAAAAGUAACUUCUAAUGUAAUUUACUAGAGCUUUCUUUUCUGGUGUUAAUUACUACCUCAUGCAAGCUGAAUCCUAUGAGCUGUUGUGACUGCAUGUAUCCCUCUAAAACAGAACCAUGUUUCCUUCCUUCUGUUUCCUUCACUGAGAAGUUUGAUUCAUUUUCUUUUAAAUAGUACAUUCUUUUCAUUCUAGUUUUGUUUCAUAUCUGAGUACUGUACUGCUGUCAUUGAAUAUAUAAUUUUUUGGAAAUAGCUGUAUAUGAUUAUAUGAGCAAUAGAGGAAACAGGGUGGUGUGGGGUUUUAUAGAGAUUGCCUAUAAUUACUAGGCUGGGUGUUUUGUUUGUUCUGAUGUUACCUUCUGAUGGCUUUAUCCAUAGGCAUUUAAAGUCUCUUUACUGAGCCACAGGAGGUUCCUUGGUGUCCCUGAUUAGUUAGCUGCAGAAGCUAAUUCUGGUUGGCCUGGUAUAUAAUUUUUGAUAGAAGCAUUUUUGUGUGCAUGUGUGGCAGCAGUAACCGAACCUCAUUCUAUGGUAUCACCCCUCCAACACGCACUUUCCUUGUUCAUAUAGCUCUCAAAAUGGCAAUCCUGCAACUUUUGGCAUGAGGAUGUCUCCCAAACUGUUUUGAUUUGGCCAGCUAAUAAGAUGAGUUGAAGUUUCCUUGAAAUUCUUAAUGACUCUUGAAGAAUGGGAGGAGUUCUUUACAAACCCAUGAGUUUCAUGACUAGAAUUUUGUUACAAAGCCCAUGAAGCCUGUUGUUCCUGUAACAAAUUAGUGAACCUAACAGUUUCAUACAGCCUGUGUUCCUUAACUUCUCCUACAUCUCCAGGUAUACAACAGGUAGAGAUGUAUGUGCUAUGUAUACUUGCCUGGCCUUGCUUCCAUUUAAUCUGGCUCCCUGGCAUGAGAGAGCCUGGAGCAGAGUGCUGGCUGACAUCCAACAC